CCUUUCUCUGUGACCCUGUGCUGCUUCCUUUCAACGCACACUUCCUAAGCAAUCGACCCACUCCACUCCUCUCUCUCUCUCUCUCUCUCUCUCUCUCUCGCCAUUGACGAAGCCCCAAGGUUCCCCAUUCUUAAUCUUGUCAGAAGCUUCAUGUGACAUACUACAUCAAUUAAAUGGAGCGUGAUGAUGAGACGCGAGCACUGGAGUCUUUGUUUGAUGCUUUUGGUUCAUGCUGUUCGCUUGAAGAGAUAGCAUCUGCUUAUUGCACAGCCAAAGGAGAUGUUAACAGGGCCGGUGAUAUUCUCUACAAUCUUGAAGAGGCCAAAUCUCGUGCUGUAAAUCAUGAAGAAAAUUGUGAGAGUAAAAUUUCUCAAUCUGAGGAAAUUCAAAAUGCAACAAUUAUAAACAAGUAUCCGAAGGGAUCAAGAGAUUCAAAACAAAGAAAAUUUAGUGCUUCAACAGGGACUGUUUCCAGUGUCUUAGGCAAAACAUAUAAAUCGACCUCCUCUUCUACGGAUGGAUUAGCUGGUACAACUAAACCACUUAAGAUUAUAGUAGAGGGAUCAACAACGAGCGGUUUUGACAUGAAACAUGCCAUAAAAGAUGAUGUUGGUGAGACGGAGGAGUUUCUAUUUUCAAUGCUCGGAGACGGGUAUAAACUCAGCAUAGAUGAGAUUCGAGAAGUUCUUGGUUGCUGUGGAUACGACAUUAAGAAGAGCAUGGAGAAGCUAUUGGCUUUAUCUACGAAAACAGUGGAGAAGGAAAAGACAGUUGACUAUAAAAUGGUACAAGAACCUGCAGAGAAAUGCUUAACAGUAGAAUCUUCUCUCUCUGAGGAAAGUCUUCCACAAUCUCGUCAGAACUGGAGAGAUGGUGAAGAAGUUCCAGAUAUGCAAAAAGAAAAAUCUAAUCUCCCAAGAGAAGUUUUGGAAUCAUUGUUUACUGUUGCUGAGAGGUCAGAAGAGAAACCAGAACAAAAACGCCAUGAAGUAGGUCUGAGCAGACCAAGAUUCAUGGGACGGAAAGUCGUCAGAGAACCUUUAGAGCUUGUUAAUUCAUUAGGUUCAAUUGAAAUAUCAAAGGAAAAGGUCAAAGACAAUGUUCAUGUUGAAGAGGAUGAUUAUCAGACCCUCCGCAAAGCUGCGAAACAGCAGUGGGAUACAAUGAAGGCAUAUUAUGAAUCUGCUGCAGAUACUUUUACUAAGGGUGAUCGCCAACAAGCUAACUAUCUUCUAGAACAAGGGAAAUACCAUUACCAGCUGGCCAGAGAAGCUGACGAAAAGUCUGCUAAGGAAAUUGUUAAAGCGAGAAAUACUGAAAUUAGACAAGAUCUGCCUCUUAAUCUGAGUUCCCAUCUACCAAAGGAGGCGGUGCGAACGUUGGAAAUGCAUCUUACUAAAUUGGCUAAUAUUCCUGGUUUCCAGUUCUUGAAAGUUACUGUGGAUAACGACGGUGCAGAUGGGAAGGAAGGAAAAAUAAACAAAAGGGUCAAGAGCUUUCUGCAGAAAAAAUCGAUUAAUUGGAUCGAAGAGGAAGGGAACCCUGGUAUAAUUUUCAUUCGUCUUGAUCAAAUAGAUCCAAGCAAAUUGAAUUCUACUAAAGACUCGGAUUGAUCGCGCCUUUUCGUUGUAAGGUUCCAGCGGCACCUUCACCCCUUAUCUUAACUCUGCAGAUAUAUAGCAAACAGCUUUUCUUAAAAAUGUUCCUUUUAUUCUUUGCUCUUUCUUUUUUUUGAUGAAAGGUAUUCUUGCAAUUUGAGAAAUUGUUGCAAAUAGCUGUGGGAUGUUCGAAUGAUGCAUAGUGCCUUUUUUUUUUUGAAUUAAAUUGUUGUUAGACUUGAUUGUUAUGUGAAAGCAAAGAAGAAACUGAGCUUCUGUGUCCA